AUGGAGGUGGUGGUGCUGGUGGCAAUGAAAGGUAGUGUUGAUGGCAAUGGAGGUAGUAACAGUGGAGGUGAUGAGUCGUGGAGAUGGUGGUGGGGGGUGGAGGGUGACGGUAGCAUUGUAGGUGAUGGUGGGGGUGGCCAUGAAGUGGUCACGGCAGCAACGAUGAUGGUGAUGAACGGUUGUGGUAGAGGUGAUGGUAGAGGUGGUGAUUGUGGUGGUAACAGUGGGGGUGAUGGUAGUGGUGGCAAUGAAGGUGAUAGUGGUGGAAAUAGAGGUGGUGGCGGUGGUGGUGCGGUGACCCUGGAGGUUGCAACGAUGGUGGUGGUGGACGGUUGUGGUAGAGGUGAUGGUAAAGGUGGUGAGGGAGGAGGGUGGAGGGUAACGUACUAG